AUUUUUAUUUUGGAUAUCUGAUAAAUUUUAUAUUAUAUUCGUAUAUUACAUGUACAUUUAUUGAAGUCGAGGUUGAAUUAAAUAAAAUAAUGCUGGCCAGAGGCUCGCACAUCAAUUAGUUUUUUUCAACUCUGUCGAUAAAUUCAGUAUUUAACAUCAUUCAAUAUCCUCUAUUUUUGCAAUGUAUUUUUUUCCACUCCAGUCGUUAUGAGAAUCACGUAGAGGGAACAUACAUGCUCUAUAUCAAUAAUGAAUACAACAUUGAAGUACAACAAAUUAUAAAACCGUGUGCAGGAUUGCCAAAUGCAAAAUGUACAUGUGCGGUAGCAAUAAGUGCUGGACAAGAUGUUUUUAUGAUAAAUCGAUGUGCACAAACUCCAUUUUUUGGGUUUACACAAUGUGGAGAUGGAGGGAUUUUAGAUGUCCAAAGAAUAGAUGACCUAUUUUAUAAGGUUUUUACGCCAAUAGGCACACGGAUAAGCAUAAAUCUCAACUCCAAUAGCAUAUGGUUUAACGUAGAUAUAACCAUGGCACCAAAAGACAUGGGAACUGUAUAUGGGCUAUGCGGACGUGUUGAUGGUGACAAGUCUAAUGAUUUGACACAUAGACACAGCAAAGCGUUCACGCCUCUAGGAAAAGAUACAUACAAUUACCAUCUUGAAUUUAGUAAAUCUUGGAGGAUAGAGGAUAAUUCUGACGAAAACCUUUUUCAACCAACACUUAGAUUUUUAACUCCUUGGGUUCAAAAGAAUGGCUUAUAUUGUGUAUGUAACCAUGAUAAAAUGGUCAACGAAGCGUUAUGCUCACCGACUCAGUACCUUAAUUGUAAAAAAACAGGGUCUAUUACGAAAACUAAAUGUCACAUUAAGGGCCGACGGAAAAGACAAGUUGGAAACCAUUCAAGUAAAGAAAUUCAGCGUAUUCUCUCAAAAAUUGCAGUUCAGUUUGGUAGUAGGAAAAAGCGUGAUGUUGUGGAGGAGAUUGUGAUAACAGAGGAAUCUAAAAAAAUUUGUAGCAACAAAAUAUCUGGUAUACAAGCAUUUACAGACUUUUCGAACGUGGGCUCAAACGACGAUGAGCAUAUUAUUAUACAACAGUGUGAAUUUGACCUUUCUGUCGUUAAGGAUACAUCUUGGGCUGAUGUACAUGUCGAAGCUGUAAAUAAUGGGGUAAAAAAUAUGUUAGAUCUCCAACCAACAGUUGUUGAGAACAACUCAGAAAAAGUGAAAACAUUCUAUGUGAACACAUGUCCAAUGAAUUGCAGUAACCAGGGCGAAUGCGUGGAAUCGGGAAUUUGCUCCUGUUUUACAUACUAUAUGGGACCUGAUUGUUCAAUAGACGAGAGAGACGGGCUCACUAUUUUGGACAUUGAAGGUGGAGGGCAGUGUGAUCUUGCAGACGGUGAAGAAUGUGAAUGUUUCUAUGUUCGGUCUGAAAAUAUCCAGGACAACUUUACUUGUAAUGUGAAUACUUCAAAGAUUUUGAAAAAUGGAGCUGUAGAGCCCAUUUCCUCUAAGACAUUAAGGGGUGGCUUCGAGGACAUUUUCACAGGUAUAUGCUGUGCCCCGGAUAGUAUAAGCGGACAGAAAGAUGUGUUUGUUGCACAAUACACAGUUUCAAUUAGCAACAAUGGCAUCAAUUUUGGAAACGCAGAAAGUGUUUACGUCUUCAAUUCUGAAUGUCAGAGUAUCUCUACAAGUGAAUCUGGAAGUAAAACAUUUAGUCUCAAGGACGACCAUUGCUUCAUUGAUGGAUAUUGCUUUUCGGAGUACGAUAUGGCACCUGUGGGCUGUCGUGCCUGUCAAUCAUCAAAAUCGCUUUACAAUUGGACUGAUUAUGAUCCGUGUCAAAAUGAAGGAAAAUGUUCUGAUGAAACUGCUGGGUACACUUGCACUUGUAUGCCAGGUUACCGUGGCAUCAAUUGCGAAUAUGAAAUAAAUGAGUGUUUAUCGACGCCAUGUCAAAACGGAGGUGUUUGCACUGAUAUGUUAAAUAAGUAUACGUGUGAAUGUCCAGACGGAUUUAUCGGUUAUAAUUGUCAAACUGAUAUAGAUGAAUGUUCAUCGAAUCCGUGUAAAAAUAGCGCAUUGUGUAUAAAUGACAUCAACAUGUAUCAGUGUAACUGCUCUGAUGGAUAUGAAGGGACAAAUUGUGAACAAAAUAUCGAUGAAUGUGCAUCAAAUCCAUGUCAAAAUGGCGGCACUUGUAGAGAUUUGAUCGCAAACUUUGAAUGCGAAUGCGUGGAUGGAUAUGAAGGCAUAACAUGCAACACUGAUAUCAAUGAAUGCAUAUCAAAUCCAUGUAAAAAUGAGGGCACAUGUAACGAUCUAGUCAACGAAUAUGAAUGUACAUGCGCUGAAGGAUAUACGGGUAGCAACUGUGAGAUUGAUGCAUGCACCGUUCAACCCUGUCAUAACGGAGGAACUUGCAAACUUGAAAGCAACAGCUACAUGUGUUUGUGUGUUGACGGAUAUGAUGGACAAAACUGUGAUAAUGUUGUCAAGUCAGCAUCUGGGUCACUUGUCACUGACAUUGUACAAAAAAAGAUCAAGAUCGUAUUUCAUGUAGAGUCAGUCAUAAGUGUAACGGAUCCCAUAUUAAAAGAAGAUAUUACAUAUCAGCUGACUGGAAUCUACAAGAGAGCUUUGGGGAACAAAUUAAAAGAGGUAGUCAUUCUUGACUUGAGAAUAGGAAGUCUUGUUGUUGAUUUCGAAGUAAUCUAUGUAAAGGACUCCUCAUCUGUCACUGACUUGACUGAUGCAAAUCUAGAUCUUAUAAAGGGAGAAAAGACAAUCGAAGUUUUCAAUGAGACAGUUAGGGCAAUAUCUGUAUCCGUAGGGAACGUUACUGUUACGAAUGCAAGUAUAGUAGAUGAUGAAAAUGUGUGUGCCUUUUUCACAGCCUUAAAUGGAAAUUGUAAGGGUAGCCUGAAAUGUUCUGUCAUGAAAGGCAGGCCUUCAUGUUGGUCCGAACUAAAGGAAGGGGAUGACAGCGACCUUACCCUGCUGAUCGUGAUUGUCGUUUGCUUUGUGCUAGUCUUCGUCAUUAUUGCUGGAGUAAGCGCAUGCGUAGGUUUUCAUAUAAUACGCAAAAGAAAAUCCAAAGACAAAUUCUCCUUUAGAUAUGACGUAAACAUAGUUGUUAAUAACCCGACAAUGAGAGGCUGUAAUAAAAGCCGUCUAACCACUGAUUCGUUUGAGUUGAUGCCAGAUUUCCAAGACAGCAAUCCCAGUAUGCCAACCGAGGAGCAAAAAGAAUAACAUUUUAGCCUUGGAUCGAAACAAUAUGUUGUAUACCAACACCACUAUAAUAAUGAUGUACCAAAGUUGGUAAUAACUCUGCGACAAAUUUAAUGCCGCUGCAGCUGUUGACUCGAAAUCUUAAAACGCUUUUCAGCAUUAUCAUUGUAUCGUAAUCUAAGGCUGCCAGAAUUUUUGUAUGUUGCCAUUAUCGGAGGAACUAUUUUAUUGCUGUGAUGCACGGUCAACAUUGGCUUUUGGGCUUCUCACCGUAACACAAGACUUAUCAUUGAUGAAGUUUAAAAGACGAGGCCGAUUUUAGCUCACCUGUCACAAUAACAAUGUGAGCUUUUGUGAUUGCAUUUCGUCCGACGUCCGUCCGUCGUCCGUUAACUUUUAUUUUAAACAACAUCUCCUCAUAGACCACUGAGCAGAUUUCAUCCAAACUUAACAGGAAUGUUUCUUUGGUAGUAACCUUUGAAAAUUCUUCAAAUAAUGUAAUUCCAUGCAGAACUCUGGUUGCAAUGGCACCCGAAAGAAAAAAACUUUAAAAAUCUUUACUUGAAACAAAACAAAACAAAAAGCUAGAGCUUAGAUAUUCGGCAUGUCAAAUCUUCUAGUAAGUGUUACAAAGUUUGUUCAAAAUUGGUCCAGUCCUGGGAGGUCAAUAAUUUUCCUUAUAUGUAUAUAGUAAAAACUGAAGAAAAAACAUCUCUUUAAAAAACCCAAAGAGUUAGAGCUUAGAUAUUAAACAUAAAAACCGUUUCGUGAUUGUUUACCAAGUUGUUCAAAUGAAAGCCCUGGUGUUAAAAUUGGUCCCGCCCUGGGGGUCAUUAACUUUCCUGAUGUAUAUAGUAAAAACAAAAAAUGUGUUCUUUGAAAAACCCAAAGAGCUAGGGCUUAUAUAUUAAGGAUGAAACAUCUUCUAGUGAGUGUAUACAAAGUUUGUUCAAAUAUAAGCCCAGGGUUCAAAAUAAGCCCCACUCAAGUGGAUCAUUAAUUUUCCUUAUAUGUUUAUAGUAAAAAAAAAAUCUUUUUUCAAAAAAACCCAAAGAGCUAGAGCUUAGAUAUUUGGCAUGAAACGCCUUUUAGUGACUGUCUACAAAUUCAAUCACUGGAGAUAAAAUUGGCCCCACCCCGGGAGUCAUUGACUGUCCUUAAAUGUUUAAAGCAAACCUUAAAAAAUCUUAAUAAAAGAAAACCAAAGAGCUAUAACUUAGAUAUUAAGCAUGAAACAUCUUCUAGUGGGUGUCUAGCAUUUUUAAAAAAAAUAAAAGGCCAAAUUUGGCCACGUCGUUGAUUUUCCCUUUAUGUAUAUAGUGAAAUCUUUAAAACUUCUUUAAAGCACCCAAAGAACUAGAGCUUAGAUAUUUAGCAUGAAACAUAUUCUAAAAGGUGUUUGCCAAGUUUGUUCAAAUAAAAGCCCUGAGUUAAUAUAAUUCUUGUUCAUGGAGAGUUUUUUAUAUUCAGGUGAGCGAUUUCAAGCCAUCAUGGGCCUCUUGUUUAUAUUUCAUUUUCUUUUACAAUUCGUGAAGUUGUUUAAAUCUAAUCGAUUCUUAAAUAUCUACAAUGUAUGCAUCCAUGAUAAUUUCAUGCCUUAUGAUUAUUCAUAUUCGCCUGGUACCAAAUUUUAUUCAUUUUGUAGUCAAUGCUUUAAAAAAUCUCAUAGUUAUAUUAUGCUCAUAUUUUCAUUGUCAAGUUGUGCUGAAUUGUUUAUAAACUGUUAUUAUGUUAACUGUCUAAGAGUUGAUAAAUUAUAAAAAAAUAAAUCUGCCUUAAAUAUGAAAAA